CAGACAGACAGGAAGAGUCGCAGCUGCAUUCGCAUUUGGUUCACGCACUUGCAUUUGCUUUUCAAUUACCUUAGGUUACAUUCGAAAGGUGGUUCUCUUUCACAGCCGCCUCCCUUCUUUCCUUGCCCUGCACAGGUAAGUGGUGACUGACUGGCACCUUCCUCCAUACAAUUUACUGCGAAUGUAGCAAUGUACACAUGUUCUCCACUUAUUCCUUUCUGCCCCCUUCCCUCCACGUCGCCGGUAUCCUCAUGCGUGACGACACCAUCGUGGCUGGCCUCUCUGUUCCGUCAUCUGCACGUCCCAGUUCGGCAUUCGUCUCCUUGCAAAAGUUGACUCGCCCACAAUCAUCGACAUCGGGGACGGGGGUGGGCAGCUCAAUCAAGCACAAGUUACAGGGCUGGAAAGAAAUUGUCCGGUCUUGCCGUGCCAGCGUUCCAGCGUCUUUGCGCCCGCAAACGAUCAUCAACUCCCACAUCCUCGUCUUAACAUCGCGGACUACAUACCUCUUACCGCAACCAGAUCUCACCUGGACCCGCCUCACCUUCUGCCAUUCAUCCACACUUUGCCGUCCAGUCUCCCCUGUUCGCAACCACGCGCCUCCGCCGCUUCUGAAACAGCCUGACGCACCCCAGGGGCUUCCACCUCGACCCUCGAUCCUCGACCCUCGAGCCCCCCUUUUGCCCUUUUGCGCACUUCUCGCACCACUCACGCAUCGCGCCAGUCUGUUGACUCUUGACUAUCCACUGCACCACCGGGGCCCGGCUUUCACCGCAUCGUGGUCCACACAAGGGUUGACCCCUGGCUUCGACCCCACUGCUUCGAGAAAUUCCAUCGAAGGGCCUCCAUCCUUUCGAUCCAACUCCCGGUCAUCUCUGCUUCGCCUCCCACCGUCCGCCCGUCCUCUCCUCUCCAGACUCUCCCACCACCAAUUGCGCUACCCAUCCUGUCCUUGUCCGAACAAGUCACUUUGCUUGCCCGAAUAGACGCCCUGACAGAACAACCGGGCACACCCUUCCAAGCUCAACGUCGCACGAUUGCCAACUCUUCACUAACCUGCUUGUUUACUCCUUCUUAACAACACCCCGG